AUGUAUUGCCACAUCACCAGAACAGCCAGCUGGCUUCCUCCUGCAGAAAGCUGGCCAGUUGGGAAGGAUGGCAGCGGCAGCGGCUCCGAGCAGGAUGAGGAGGAACUGCCCUAUGGAUGGGAACAGGCGCUGGACUGCCACGGGAAACCUUAUUACAUCAACCACGUCAACAAAACAACAACGUACGUGGCUCCUGAAGGAUGCUCGUGUGAGUCUCCCCCCGCUCCACGAGACGUGGUACUGGAGAGAGACCCUGAACUGGGGUUCGGGUUCGUGGCUGGCUCCGAAAGACCUGUGUUAGUGCGAUUCGUCACGGAUAACUCGCCUAGUGUCGGCAAGCUGGAACCUGGAGACCAAAUCCUGUGCGUUAACGGAGAGGAUGUUAGCUUAGCAGCCCGCGAGCAUGUGAUCACAGCUGUAAGAGCAUGUUCUGAGCGAGUGACCUUAAGGGUCUGCCAGCCAGCGAGGAGUGGGAACCCCAUGAGAAGAUCAGCGCUACUGUCUGCUGCCAAGAGAGCGAGGUUACGAGCGAGGCCACCUAGGGUCAGGUUCGCUGAUUCUGUUCAGCUGAAUGGUGCUCCUAUGUAUCCUCCAUCAGCAUUCUCUCUCGGGGACCUCUGCCUGCCUCCCAUGGCAAAUGUAUUAAAAGUGUUUCUAGAGAAUGGUCAGACGAAAUCCUUCAAAUAUGACACUACAACUACAGUAGCAGAUGUGGUGUCCAGCCUCAAGGACAAACUCUGCAUCACUGCUGAGGAGCACUUCAGCCUGGUGGUGGAACAUGUCAAGAGUUUGAAAAGAAACAAGCUGACACUGCUAGACCCCAAGGAAUCCUUGGCCAGGAUCGCGGCGCGGCCGGGGUCCUACAAGAUGCGGUGCCUGUUCCGAGUAGUGUUCAUGCCGGCGUCAGCAGCUGAGCUGGCACAGCGCGACCUGGCGGCGUUGGAGUACCUGUACCUGCAGAGCUGUAAUGAUGUGGCACAGGAGCGCUUCGCCCCCGAGCUGCAGCCUGAAGUGGCGCUGCGACUGGCUGCGUUGCACAUGCACCAACAUGCACUAGCCAACAAUCUGCCACCUGCCAAACUCACUGUGAAGGCUGAGGGAGUUCGGUUUGGAACGGUUUGUUCCGAGCGGUCUACUGGAGAGUAUGAAGAGGAAGGAGCUCCGUCGACUGAUCGCACACUUCCUCAAAAUGAACUCUCAGAUGACUGGCAGCCAGCGGCAGUUGACGCAGUUGCAGUGGCGGGCCUGCCGAGCUACGGAGCGAAGUGCUUCAGCAGCAGUCGGCCGGAGCGCGUGCUGCUCGUGUCGCCGCGCUUCGGACUCAGCCACAUCGUGGGCCGGACCAACUCCGUGCCUCAACCCAUUGCUUCUUUAGAAGAGGUAGAAGGUAUCAGGGUGAAGCGUGACUGGUCGAGUGGUGGAGCGGACGUGGCCAUCUUCCUGCAGCGGGACCGCGUGCUGGCGCUGCUCAUGGAUGAACGGGAUGCUGCGGAGAUGCCUCUUGUCAUCGCUGGAUACUACCGCCUAGCGACUGGUCAAGAGCUGAACGUGGAACAAGAACGAGAACCAAUGACUGAAGAUAUAGCUCCGCCAUACUUGUCGCAACACAACGUGGUACCAGCUAAAUGGAGCUACCUCCACUACGACGAUCCGAACACCUUAUCGAAGAAGCACUACGCCAUCUUUAGCAUGCCUCCCCCCUACCACUCUACUCCUGACCAGAACAAGUCUCUGGACACCAACAUGAACACCAACAUCAACAAUAGGAACCAUAGCAAUAACUCCAGCCCACUAAUAGGCUAUGAUUCCAAGUCUGGCCUCCUAGGCCACGAUGUCCACUUCGAGAAAUGCAAGAGGAACGAUGACUUCAGACUCUUCGAUCCUAAUGACGCUUGCUACCUCGACGACGGUAUGGGCUUCGACCUUCAAAGCGUUCUAUCCAUGGAACUCUUAGAGAAUGCGUCGAACCACCCACGACUCGUAGAAGCUAAGAACGAAGAGGUACUCAGAAGAGUAGCAGAGAUGCAGAAACUAGUUGAAAAUUCCGAACAAUACUUGACUGAGAAUAGUGAUUACGAUGCUUAUCAUGAAAACUUAAGAGAUGAACUAGUUGGUAAAGAAACUUGUGUAGAUAAUGUAGAGAGUGAUACAGAGUCUAAUACUAGUAGGAUGACGGACGACGCGCCCGGCAUACUGAAACACAGCGACUCUUUGCUUCUACUGACUGAAACUAUAAAUCAAGGGUUGAGCGGGUUGAAUGUACCGGAGAAUGGUAAAGACAAUAAUAGCUUAACUACUCGACAGUCUCAAGGACUCAGUGCUAUACUUAAUAAUUGUGGACUGACUGAUGCGUUGAUAGCUUUGAACAAUGAUAUUUGCCACUCAGAAAGUGACAAUGAUUCACUUUAUACACCCACAAAUAGUCCUAUACGGAAACAUCAAAACAAAUCCACGACCAAAGGCGUCAGGACUAGUUUUGGUUUAGUUAGUCCUGAUGCCACGCAAGACAAUAAGGAACCUAAUCUGAAGGAAUAUUUGAAACAACUUAGAGAGAAGAGUAGUAAAGAAGAAACGAAGGCGGCUGACUACCCGUACUUUUAUCAAGAAAGCGUAGUUGAUAAUGAUGCUGAGCUUAUAGAUUUAACUUUGAUACCUCCCCCACAAACGCCCGAUGAAUUAGACUGUGCUACGCAAGUGCCUCAUAUUUUACCCGUAGUCCCGCCAUCAUUCGCUGAUGACAAAGUAAAUUCGCAAGAGAAUUUAUCAAACGCACCAAAAAAGAAUGAUCUAGAAGAAUUUAUAGCUAAUGUUACGAUACAGCCACCUACUGUGAAAGUGACGCCAGCAAUAGAGUUAACUCCUGAGGAAAUUAUGUCAUAUAUCAUUCCACCUCCGCCAGCUUCUAACUCGUCCACUUUAGAUAGGGAACAAGUUAGUUAUGCUAAUCAUAGUCAAAUACUUGAAGCUAAAAACGAACAAGCAAAUGCCGAAGCUAAGUCUGCUAAUGGUGAUAUUGUGAAGGGUACGCUAAGUGUCAGUGAGAUUAGAAAUAUGUUUGCAGCAAAAAGUCUUAGCGAUGCCAGAAAUAGUCUCUUGCUAAAAGAUAAAAAUAAAGUGUCCAAUCAAACGAAAUCAGAUUCGCCAAAAGGAAAAAGAAAAAGUUUAACAAGUGAGAAACAAUCGAAUGGGACGGCUCAUGUUAUAGAGUACCCAACAGUUGAGAGAAAAGGAAUGUUCUCCUGCUGCAGUAAGGACAAGAAUAAAUCCGAAGAGAGUUCAGAUGAAAAUGAAAAAGUGGAAACACAAAUACAGAACUCUGACUCCAUCCCUGAUGUAUGUGAAAUAAGGCCGCCGCCAAGAGAAAAAACUCUGACUAUAACGAACAACCAUUUCAGUACAUUGAACAAUAGGAAGCUGAACUACAAAGUAGUUUGCGAUAUAAACGAGCAAGCUACGCAGAACGCACCUCAGUUACCGCCGAGACUAGAGAACAAAGUUCUAUCCCCGCCGCCUCCAAUACUACUACCUCCCAAAAAGCCGCCUCUACCUCCCGUCCCGAGCAUUGAAGUGCUUCGACUGAAGAAUGCUCAGAAACAGUCGCCUAUCAGGAACUCCGAGCAAAGGUUGGCAAGUAUUGGCUCGCCACACUUCCAACGCAACUUAAACACUUAUAGGAAUCUCGAAAUAGAAAAUAGAUUGACUGACGAAGAUGCUCAGAAUGUGCGAUCAUCUCCAAAUUAUAAUUCUAUGAGUUUACAGACUCGACAUGUGAGGUCGAAUUCUGAAACAAAGAACACGAUAUUAAAGAACAACACGGCGCUAUCGUUAUGCUCACCGCAGAUGAACAGACGGUUCAGCAACAGGCCGGACUUGCUAAACGGUGCUCCUGGCGAGCGAGUGUUCAGUCCGCCUCUGUCAGAGCGUCAGUCGUUCCGCAGAGACAGUGCUAGUCCUACUCCCAAGGUGCAGAACCACGUGAGGUUUAAGGAUGACGUCGUGGAUGACAUUCCGACGCCGCCCUCGCCUCCUACGGUAAAGUUCCCGGAGUUCCAGUCAGGGAACAACGGUCACGUGUCGAUAGAGAACCUGCUGUGUAAGACGGAGGUGGCGGUGGACGGUCUGCUGCAGAGACUUCAUCAAGUCGCACAGAAGUGCUCGCAUCAGCACGCGCAUGGAGGUGGCGAAGAUAUCGAUGAGGCCAAGUUUCAGCGUGCUCGCAGUGAGCUGACGUCGUGCGCGGUGUCGCUGGUGAGUAUGUCGCGCGCGCUGGUGGGCGCGCUGGGCGCCGCGCAGCCCGCGCAGGCCGCGCAGGCACUGGCGCACUGUCUCACGCCACUUAGGACACUCGCCGACUUGGCACAGGCCCUCGGUAGACAUACAUCAGCACCUCUCCAAACACGAAACUUGGUCCUUCGAGUCCACGACGUGACAGCGGCCUUCAAAGAGCUGGCUGGCGCAGAAAUGGCACAAAUAAUCCACGAACACAACGCCAAGAAGUCUCAAAGUCAAGGACAAGAGACCAACUCGACCUUAGAAGGUCAACUGGCGCUAAGAGCUGAAUGCCUAGCUAAUGUCCUGGCUACUUUGUUGAGAAGCCUCAGGGUUUUCUCACCGUAAGCGAAAAAGGACCAAUUUCUGAUGAGUCGAAUGUAAUUUUGUUUUAAAUAAUGAAAUGAGCAUAAUAAUAUUAUAAGGAGGGAAUGAAUAGCGUACUUUUAAGUACAAAGGUAAUGUAAAUGGAUGGAUGUUUAGAUAGGAAUGAUACUAAUAUUUGUAUAGCGCAAAUCAUGACGUACAAUCAAUGCUGACGAUCGUCGCUCAGCGGUUUUUAUUUAUCGAUUUAGAUUAUGUUUUUUACCGAAUUAAUCGACUCACAAGUGCUGUUAAACAUGAUAAUUUAUCAGUUUAAAUAACCGAAGUUAUGACAAAAAUGCUCUCCAUGAAAUGUGAGUUGAAUGUAAUUGGAAAUAAUGAUCAAAAAUGUACGAAACUGCGCUUAAUUUGAACAACUGUAAUAGUUCAAAAGAGCAGCUAAAACCGAAUAAAAUAAUGAAGUGUAAAUUCACUUCAUGCAUAGAUUUAAUUUGUUAAACGAUUUCUGUUAAUAAAUAACCGUUACUAAAAUGAGACCAAAUAAAUUUAGGUACGUUUUUUAAAUAAUUCGUAUGUUUUUUUGUAGUUGGCAACAUUAAUGUCUAUGGUUCCGGUACACAAUGACCAAUGAAAAUAGGUUCUCUCUAUUUUGAAUUAUAGAAAAAGUUGGUAUUAUUGUCAUUGUGUACAGGAGCCAUUUAAUUUGUAGAUUAUAAAGUUAAUGUUAAUAUUGACAUUAAAAUUUGUUGUUAUAAUUUUUGUGGAAUAAUUUUAAUUAUAAAUGUCGCUUACUUCUAACUUGAUGCAUAGAUUUGAACAUUUAGUUUAUGCGAAAAUAAUGUAUUUAUUUCAAAUACUGGUUACGAUUCUUAAUAAAAAAUAUAUCAUAUCACGUAUAGGCCAAGUUUACCUAGACGUUAUGUACCUAUCAUAUCAAUAUGAUACUCGAACAAUAAUACUAAAUUCUAAAUAUUAUUCCUACGAAUAUUGAAUGAAUGAUAAAAAGAAUACCCAUAUGCUUCAUGUUAAAAAAAAAAACUAGCAGAAAAACGUAUUCACAGAUAAUAUAAAAGUUUUUCUGACUUCUAUUUUCUAUGAUUCCGUAGACAAAGUGUUACCAUAGUUUAAUUAAUUUUACCUUAAUACAUAUCUAUUUAUACAAGAAUAAAGUGUAUAUUUUCUAUUGUAAGAUGUGUGAUUGGAUGUAAGGUGCGAACUCUAUAAUCCUUCAGUGUCUAACUUACCAUAUCUUUAUACUUUAGGCAUCUGUACUCAAAGACACAUAUACUGUUAUUCAGUGCAUAUUUUCUCUUCGUUAUUUUACACUUAAAUGUACUAAAAUACUUAAGAAAUACUCCAGUAAGGGUUGUAUCGAUAUUAUCGCGCGAAUUUGCAUAAAGUUUGGUGUUGCUAGCUGUUAAUUUGUUCAACAAUGUUGCCAGCAGUCGUUUUUUGGUACACGCGAUGUGCUGAUAUUAAAAUAUUGGUGCUAUUUUGAAAAAAGUGUACGUUUUUCGGUAUUGUGAUCGGUUGAACUGUAAUGAUUAUUUGCGAGUACAUAAAUAAUGGUUAUGUAAUGCACCAGUGAUUUGAAUUUUUAUGUAAAUAUCAAGUAAGGUUGUUUUUACAACGCAAUAAACUAAACUAAGGCAAAGUGACGCAAGAUUUGUUAAUAAAGUUUCCAUUUCCUCGCCUGUUUAGUACAAUUUCGUAUUAUUUUUCUCUGCUGGUAUCCCAAAGCUUGUAUAGGAACCAAAGACCAGAGUUUUCAUUAUAUAUUUUUAUGUUGUUUCUUGGUUAUGUUUACGAGUAUCACUUCUCGGCUUGAUAACAAUAUCUUCGUGUAUCGAACAUUAGUUCUGAACUGUUGAAUAGAUUUUUAUUAUCUGUUAAAAUUAAUACAUAAGUGAGUGUUUUAUAAAAUGACAGCUUCGUUCUUCAGAGUCUGUGUUUUUUCAAAUAAAUCUAUUUUAUUAAAGUAAUUUAAAACCUUUUUAUAAUUUUUGGCUACAUUCGUAAUUAAUAAACAAUAUAAUAACAUAAAUUACUUAAUAUUUGAUUUAAAUUGGUCCUUUAGGAACCUAAAACUGUGUUUAAUAGUGCGUCUUUCAGGACCAACUUCAAAACCCACUUAUGUUUCAAUUUUAACAAGAGUUUAUGUGUAUAUGAUUGCAGACAUAGUUUAUCGUUAUACAAGAUAAAACACACCAGAUUAUUUAUUGUUUCCAAGUAACAAUGCAAUGCAUUUGAUGUAAUAAACAAUAUAAAUAU